AUGUUCAAUCACAAGCUACCGACUGACUUUCCAAUGCAAACCCUCCGUAAGAAAACCAGCCCUUGCAAAUAUAAGAACGAGCCGGGUCGAUUUCUGGGUGAGGGGGUAUCUUUUCGGGCAAAAUUGAUCGGAGUUCUCGAGGUACCGGAGGCGAGGGGGGACAGGAUGUGCCAGGAGGCGCUGGCUGACCUCAAGAUGGCCAUCAGGGCCGCUGGGGAGCACAAGCAGAGGAUACAAGUACACGUCGCCAUAGACGGGCUGAGGCUACGUGAUGAUAAGACUGGAGAUUCCCUGUAUCAUCACCCAGUCCACAAAAUAUCCUUCAUAGCUCAAGAUAUGACAGACUCAAGGGCCUUCGGAUAUAUCUUCGGAUCGCCAGACACCGGGCACAGAUUCUUCGGCAUCAAGACUGAUAAAGCAGCUAGUCAAGUAGUUAUAGCGAUGAGGGAUCUAUUUCAAGUGGUUUUCGAAUUGAAGAAGAAGGAAGUGGAAAUGGCGAAGCAACAGCUUGAAGGGAAGACAGUCAGCAGUCUAGCCAGACAUGCCGCUGUCACUACUACAGAUAAUAAAGCAAAGGUAACCACCACCAUGACAGAUAAUGAAAAUAACAAGAAACCUACACGACCAAAACAAACAACAUACCACACGGUAUCGCUCAAUGUCAGUCAAAGUAAGAUGAGAGACAGGCUACAAAUACAACGCUUGAGAUGUUUCUGUAAACACAAAUACGUGAAAUUUGAGAAUAUAUUCGAUGAAAACGAAUUUAAAUCAAGUAAUUAUAGUAUUCCAUCCGGGGACAGCGCUAAAACCGAGGGUCCAGAAGGUGGAGUAGCUGAGCUUGUAGACUUGGAGCAAGAACUAUGUUCAUUAAGACGAGGUCUCACUCAAGUUGAAGGACUUACACCUAGUACGGAUCCUUUCGGCGACUCGUUUAUUGUACCAGCCCAAAAAGGCUUACUGCCUCCUCCUCCGAGAGGCCGUGCUCCACCUCGAGCACCUUUCUCUCCUAGUAAGCCGAGCUUCGAUCUGACUUCCGACAUCGAACCCAAGAUAGACUUGCCUGAUAUGGAAAUACCAGAACUACCUGAUCUGAGAGAGCCUAAAACCACCAUGGUGCGUGGUGGUGGCUACGACGUGUUCACGGAUCUCGACCCACUGGGCACCGGACGGAGUAAACCUUACGUUGACAAAAAACUCUUCUUUCAGGAGCUCAAAAAUCCACCAAAGAAAGUGCUCAAAGACCUCGUACCGACGACGCAUUCCCUUCUAUCAGAUAUCUUGCCGGUAGAGAAAUCGGAUUACGGGCCGCCCACCACGAUGACGUCACUCACUCGUCACUCGGGAGGCACAGUCGCGGUCGCGAAACCUACUCAGCAGACGUUCUCACCGAACUUCUUUACGUCAGAUCCGUUCGCUGAGACAGACCCUUUUGAUAACACGGACCCCUUCUCAGACACGUUCAAGGACGAUCCCUUCACUACCAUGGCUGAAUUCCCUAAGAUCAGCACACUGAGGAUGGAGGAACCGAAGAAUAAGGCCAAGGAGUCAAUACUUGAUAAAGACGGUCUGGAGGAUAAAAACGUGUUCAACGGACCGCUUCAAGUGUCCCUACCGCCGGAACCCACGCCCAAAUCCCCGAGACUAACCAGACAGAACACGGACACGAGCACGAUCCGCCAGCGACCGACACCUGGUCGUAUUAGUGGUGAGGGUGCGUCCCCCCCUCCCCCGCUCCCUCCUAAGAAAACCGACGCAGCCCCCGCCCCGCCCCGGCCUCCUCACGAACAUGAUGACGACACACCGCCCCUACCGAAACCCGCUAGGAAGAAGGAACCAUUGGCCGACCGCAGCAUUAAGCCUCGUCAGUGUUCGUUGGCAACGAGCUCGGAAGACGAGUAUUUGUCCCCGGCGCCGCCUCCCUUACCCGCCGCUCGUAGACUCGACAUCACACUCAGCCAGCUAUUGACACUCACAAUGGAUGAUCUAGCCGCGAGACUUCGGGUUCCCGCUGCAACAUUAUCAUCAAUGACGCUGCCUCAACUAACUGACUAUCUGAGAUCAUAUGUAGCUUCCGAGAACGAGAAAGCUCACAUACACGUGGACCCGCUGAUGAAACCAGAGAAAGAAAAGGUGACGCCAAUAAUACCCACGACUGUAUCAGAGAAAUUAGUAACUCUAGCGCCGGUGAACCAGUUCAAACCUCAGUUUGAAGAUAACUUCGCACCUUCCGACUCCGCGGACACUUUUGUAGCUAACUUUGACGAUUUCGAUAAAAAAGCUAAUCCAACUUACGACAAAUACGCUGCCUUCAGAGAAAUACAGGAACAGGAACUUAAAGCGAAAUCUAUAUUAGACCCGAUAGAACCGGAGAAACAAGAAGAUGAUGAACUCACUAUCAUUGAGAAGUUGAUCAAGACUGAGGAACAGAAGAUAGAAGAACGGAAAGAACUAGACAAAAGUCCACUAAAGACUUUGGACGAAUUGACGAUAAACUCGUUCAACAUGUUCAGAAACUCCGUCAGCCCGAAACCAAUCGACGCAAAAAUAGAAGAUAUAAAAACUGUUAUGAAAAAUCUGCAAAUAGAACAGCAGAGACGAAGCGUUUCACCCAGAGACAAUGGACUACCGGAGACCAAACAAGAAGACACUAACGAUAGAUACGCGGCCUUAAGAGAAAUAACUAUAACAGAGCCGCAAGAAGAGUUCGAAUCAAUACCACCUGAAGCGCCCAAAGAAAGGAAGAAAUCUGAUGAAAAAUCCGAUGGAUUUGAUAACUCAGAUUUCUUUGACUGCAUCGAUAACAGUUCGUUAUCUUUUAACGUGGAGGACGCGUUCAGAAAGAGUCCAAUAGUGAAGGAAAAGGAAGAAGAGAAGAAAAUAGAAGAAAAAAAGGAAGAACCUCCGAUAGAAGAGAUUCCAGUAAGAGAUUUACCACCGACAAGACUAUCAGCGGGUUCUAUAAGUGAUGUAGCUAGUGGAUCAUCACCGGAUACAAAAGGUGCGGUGGUUGGCGUAGUGGGAGGUCUUACUAGGCUGGGCUGGACGGAAGGCUGGUCUUCUGAUUCGAGGGAGUCCGAGCCUAGACAAAGAAGAAGACGAACACACAAUAGAGGACCCUCGGUACAGACAUCAUCAUCUUCCCGAGAUGUGUCUCCGUGGGAUGAGGAACCACCAACCAGAUUAACACGACCUCCUUCACAUAGGGACAGGGGUAGAGACUCUAGGCACAAUUCAUCCGGAUCAAGAGAGUGUCUCGAUUCAGGCAGUGGGAGAGAGAAGGAGAAACGAGAUAAACGAGGCAGCAGAGAGAGAGACUUGAACAGAGAUGGGAGAGAGUCGGCCAGAGAUAGGAGAGAUUCCGGCAGUGGGAGAGAUAGGCGUGACGUCAGCAAGGAGAGAGAUCACAGAGACCAUAGGGAGGGAAGAGACAGGAGAGAUAGACGGAGUAGAGAAAGAGAAAAGGAGUCUUGGAACAGAGAGAGAACUUACAGCAGAGAGAGAGAUUACAGAGACUCGAGGAGCAGAGAGAGAUCUAAGGACUAUAGAGAUAUAGACAGACAUAGGAAGACGAGACACUCAUAUGAUGACGGAGAUUACAGUGACGGAUGUGGUUCAGGAAGAUCUUCACCCAGAGAACGAUGGAACGAAAGAUGGAGGAGAGAUGAAAGAAACUAUGGUUCAUUGGGCUGGCGGGAGACACGACGGAGAAAUGAACUGAGGCAGGCAGAGGAUAGUAGUGAGAGGAGAUACGGCUGUACUCUCGGCUGGCCCGGACGACGGUCUGCUGGUGGUACAAGGAGGGAGACGGAUAGAGAGAUCAGGGAUUCCAGGGAAUCCCGGGAUUCAGGCCGGGAUUCCGGACGGGAUUCGAGAGACCCGCGGGAUUCCGGCAGGGAAUCGGGCCGGGACUCACGCGAUCCACGGGAUUCCGGUCGGGAUUCGGGUCGUGAAUCCCGGGAUGCGAGGGAACCGGUCCGGGAUUCACGGGAUCCGAGACGUCGGCGCCGGGAAGAUACGAGAACUAGACCACGGGACUACAGGUUCUCGAACGACUUCUCUCCUCGCGAGAGAGAACACUCCUCGCCGUUUGAUAAUGACUUCCAAGAUACUCCUGUACCGAGCGUCAAGAAGAAGACUCCUUACGCCACUCUGGAAGGAACCAGGUUAUUAUUCGAAGCGGAGGACAGUACAGCGUCCCCUCUAUCAGCGGGGUCUGUUCGUCGUGAGGGCGAGUCCCCCGCGGCUCGAUUCCGUUUCGAUUCAGACUCUGUCUCCCCGCGGUCUAUGUUCGAAGAUGACUUCACUCCACGCGCGCCCUCUAUCGCCGAGGAGGAUGAAGGCGAACCGGCGCCUCUACGACCGAAGCCCCCGCGUGACGUCAGAAAGUCAGAUUCAGUGGAUAUAUUCACGAGGGAAUCCGACCCCUUUGAAAACGACGCGUUCUUCGCCUGCACCGGCUCGGAUAGAGUCGCGCGCAGAGAAAACUGGCCCGGAGACUUCCACGGCUUCGACAACGUGUAA